AUGAAAAAACGUUGUGCAAAUAAACCUUUGAAAAGAACUCUCAAAGGAAAUGCCAUUGGACUCAAUAUGUUGGGAAUUGGCAAGAUGCCUAGGUAUGUGUUUCUAUGAAAUUUAGUUUGCUUAACUACAAACUCAUUGUGUUUAACAAUUAUCUUUUGCUUUUGAAAAGCCACAUCUUUUAGAAAACUCUCUUUUUUUGUCACCACAGCUCUCAGUCUGUAGCAGUGCAUUUCAGCCCAGUCCUCAACCGCAGUGACUACUACUUUGUGAGCCAGGUACCCUCUCCAGGAGUGGUUGUCCAAGGCAGAAUCUUCCAACAUGCGUUUACCCCUGCUUUAGUGCUUCAGAAUAAUGCCCAAAGGUGAGAGAUCCCUUAUUUAAAAGGUAAUUAAGGAUUUCAAACACUUGUGUCAAUCUCAUGUCAGAAAUGUAUUAUAGGAUUGGCGCACUAUGUCUAGAAACAGAAGAAUCAUCCAAGAAAAAUCCUUCUCUCCUGCAACCUGCAGGUAAAUUGCUAUUCACUUGACUGCCGUUUCAUAAGAAGCCUACUGUACAGAGUAAAUCCAAUCCUUGACAUAAUGCUUAUUGUUUUCAUGUAGUUGUGUUGUCAGGUGAUGACAAGGAAGAAACCUCUGUCAGUUCUGGUGCGCCAACGUCAGGGACCAGUCACUCCUCACCAACGCCCUCUGGUGGCAGUGUGGAGACAGUCGAUGAUGACAAUGACUUCACAAUCAAUUACUUUGCCAACUCCAAAACCAGACUACCAAGGAAGAAGCGAAUGAAAGACCCGGUAUCAGAAACACUCAAUGCUGUGUAGCAGUAGUCUGUCAGUGAUCAAAGGUCAAUUGGAUUUUUGAUAAGAAUCUUGACUGGUAAAACGACUUAGGUCACUCAAAUGUGACAUGUCCCUUGACUAUCUGUACACACCAAAUACAACCCUAAUGUAUGUGAUUUUGUUUAUAGCUAUUAACACCAUCUCUGUUAUGUCAUGUUUUUCAUUUAUUUUAAUCCUUCCCUUAACAGUUUGGGAAGUUGGUCCCUGACAAACCCACCACAAAACGGCGAAGAGUCAAACAGGAUCAUCCCACAUCACCACCUCCUAAAAGGACAUCUGCUUACGUUUCUGAGGGGAUUGAUGUGGUCUGCAGAUGUAUGAGAGUGGGGACAAUGCGAAGGACGCCUCCCAAGCAUGUCACCGUAAGCUUAUUUUUAUCAUUUCAGUAUAAUAUUGAAAACUGUCCAGUAUUCCUCUGACUCAGUUUAUUUGACUCUGUUUCAGUUUACAGCAGAGUACAUCCAGAUCGAUGAACAAGGUAAGAAAACCCUUCAGUCUGAAUUUGUGCCUUAUUGGGAUGAACCACAGGAGGUUGGUGGCACCUUAAUUGGGGAGGACAGGCUCGUGGUAAUGGCUGUAGCGGAAUUAGUGGAAUGGUAUCAAAUACAUCAAACAAAUGGUGUCCAUGUGUUUGAUUCCAUUCACUCCACUCCAGCCAUUAUUAUGAGCCGUCCUCCCCUCAGCAGCCUCCACUGGGAUGAAUAUAUGAGCAGACAAGAGCUGAGAUGAAGCUGUUAAAAGUGAGUGAUAAAACAUUGAGGUAUGUAAAGGCCUUAAUAAAUGUUUCCAUCCCUUAAUCUGAUAAUGUCAGUGCGGCUGUGGUCGUAUAGUCUGGCCAGCUGUGCGUGGUGCCAUGCACGAAGCUUGCCUGCCCUCUUCCUCAAGACCACCUCAGGGGAGUCCCAGCGCCUCCGCCUUCUGCUCAAGAUGUCCCGAGCCAACGGGGGUGCCUGGUACGACAGCAAGGGCCAACGUGAGUAUUACAGAACACUUCUCAAAGGCCUGACCAAGGGAACUCUAAUACUGUAGAUUUGCAUACAGUACUGUAUGAAUUUUCGUCUGUAGACUCCCCAAUGUAAAUUCAGUCUGCUGACUUAAUCUUAAUUCCUUGGUCUAUCAAUCUGAAGUUUGUUGUCAUCUUUCGGCAGAUCUCGGCGAGAGCUACAUAAUCUUAGUGUUUGAGAAUACGCUGUCUGACCUGGAGAAAGUUGAACUGGAGAACAUUUUCAGAGAAAUUGGCAGAGCAAAUAAAGCUCCUGAGGAUUUCACGGUACAAUUGCCAUUUGUGGAGGCCAACAAAAUACUGAUGCAUUCCUCCCAACCAACCCCAGAGAAGGUAAGCAUGUUGAACAUGUAAUGUUACUGAUGGGGCAUGGUGGAAAGUUAAUAAAUGAAAACCAUUAGGCAUUUAAUGGAGCAUCAUCCACAGACAUAAAAUCCAUUGAUGCUUCCUCAGGUUAUUUGACGUGUCCUCUGUUUGUUUUUCUCUCUGCAGCAGAUUUUAGAGCCCAUUGCAUGUCCACCUAAAUCUCCUCCUCACCCAGCUUCAUCAUUUCUGCAGAAGGUAUCCCAGGCCAUUUCAGGUCCACCUAAACCUCAGCCCUCUGAUGCGUUUCAGCAGCAUUUGUUGGAUUCCAUUUGUGGCUCAAGUACACAGACACCAUCUUCCAAGCCUCUUGCCCCAAGAUGGAUUGCACCUGCCCCACCACUGAUCUCUCUUGCCCCACAACUGAUUUCUCUUACCCCACCACUGAUCUCUCUUGCCCCACCACUGAUCUCUCUUGCCCCACCACUGAUCUCCCCUCCCCCAACAUGCAUCUCCCCUCCCCCAACAUGCAUCUCCCCUCCCCCAACAUGCAUCUCCCCUCCCCCAACAUGCAUCUCCCCUCCCCCAACAUGCAUCUCCCCUCCCCCAACAUGCAUCUCCCCUCCCCCAACAUGCAUCUCUCCUCCCCCAACAUGCAUCUCUCCUCCCCCAACAUGCAUCUCUUCUCCCCCAACAUGCUUCUCUUCUCCCCCAACAUGCUUCUCUUCUCCCCCAACAUGCUUCUCUUCUCCCCCAACAUGCUUCUCUUCUCCCCCAACAUGCUUCUCUUCUCCCCCAACAUGCUUCUCUUCUCCCCCAACAUGCAUAUCUCCUCCCCCAACAUGCUUCUCUCCUCCCCCAACAUGCUUCUCUCCUCCCCCAACAUGCUUCUCUUCUCCCCCAAAAUGCAUGUCCCCUGCCCCAAUACAAGUCUUGGAUGAUGACGAAAUAGUGGAGAUUGAAUCAACCUUCAAAGGGCCAGUCAAGAGGUGCAUGACAAUUCCCAUCUUUGUGCUCUUGUUAAAGCGAUAAAUAGACUACCUCUGCUAACCCCAUUGUGAUGUUUGGGUUGUCGUCUUGCUAGGGUAAUACUGUACCCCCCUCCUCCAGCCAGAGGGGGGAUAUCUGUCACCAAUGAAGACCUGCACUGUCUCAACGAGGGAGAGUUCUUGAAUGAUGUCAUCAUUGACUUUUACCUGAAGUGAGUGCAAUCUGUAUGAUCUGCUUUUACAUUGCUCACAGUGGGUACUGUAGUGGGUUAACAUUGGUGUAUGUUCAGUAUCCGCAUUCCUAUGGAAUUAAGUUGGUUAAUUUUGCUUUGCGUUUAUACUUCAUUGUUUGUAAAGGUACUUGGUCUGUGCAAUGCUGAAAAAGGAGGAUGCCAGCAGGAGUCACAUGUUCAGCUCCUUCUUUUACAAGCGCCUCACCCAGACAGAGCAGGGGAAGACCCCAUACUCUGAGGACCUACCGUAAGUACUGUAGUAUGCCGACUGUACUUAACCAGCGCCCAAUAGGUUCUAGCUCUGUGGGAAAAUUAUACUCAACCCCAACCGUUCAUUCUAGUGUGAAGAAAAGGAGACACAACCGAGUGAGAACAUGGACCAGGAAUGUUGACCUCUUCCAGAAGGACUUCAUCUUUGUCCCCAUAAAUGAAUCGUGAGUCAAGCCUCUCGUGCGUACUAUCACAGUAUAUACUCUGUCAUAAAUUGUCAUGAUAUUGCUUUGCAUCUUAUUUAAGGUGUGCUUUCCUCCCAAAUGUCAAGAAAAUGCCCAUAUAUACAGUACCAGUCAAGUUUGGACACACCUACUCAUUCAAGUUUUUUUUUUUUUUUUAAACUAUUUUCUACAUUGUAGAAUAAUAGUGAAGACAUCAAAACAUAUGGAAUCAUGUAGUAACCAAAAAAAUGUUAAACAAAUCAAAAUAUAUUUUAGAUUCUUCAAAGUAGCCACCCUUUGCCUUGAUGACAGCUUUGCACACUCUUGGCAUUCUCUCAACCAGCUUCAUGAGGUAGUCACAUGGAAUGCUUUUCCAACAGUCUUGAAGGAGUUCCCACAUAUGCUGAGCACUUGUUGGCUGCUUUUCCUUCACUCUACUAUCCAACUCAUCCCAAACCAUCUCAAUUGGGUUGAGGUCGGGUGAUUGUGGAGGCCAGGUUCAACUGAUGCAGCACUUCAUCACUCUCCUUCUUGGUCAAAUAGCCCUUACAUAGCCUGGAGGUAUGUUUUGGGUCAUUGUCCUGUUGAAAAACAAAUGAUAGUCCCACUAAGCGCAAGCCAGAUGGGAUGGCGUAUCACUGCAGAAUGCUGUGGUAGCCAUGCUGGGUUAAGUGUGCCUUGAAUUCUAAAUAAAUCACUAACAGUGUCACCAGCAAAGCACCAUCACACCAACCACCUCCAUGUUUCCCGGUGGGAACCACACAUGCGGAGAUCAUCCGUACCCCUACUCUGCGUCUCACAAAGACACGGCGGUUGGAACCAAAAAUCUCAAAUUUGGACUCAUCAGACCAAAGGACCUAUUUCCACCGGUCUAAUGUCCAUUGCUCGUGUUUCUUUUCCCAAGCAAGUCUCUUCUUAUUGGUGUCCUUUAGUAAUGGUUUCUUUGCAGCAAUUCGACCAUGAAUAGCCCAGUCAAAGCUAUUCGCUGCUCUGGCACCCCAAUGGUGGAACAAGCUCUCCCACGACGCCAGGACAGCGGAGUCACUGACCACCUUCUGGAGACACUUGAAACCCUACCUCUUUAAGGAAUACCUGGGAUAGUAUAAAAGUAAUCCUUCUAACCUCUACCCCCCCCCCCCCCCCCCCCAUAAAAAAAAAAGUGGUUGACCCACUGGCUAUCAUAAGUUGAAUGCAUCAAUUUGUAAGUCGCUCUGGAUAAGAGCAUCUGCUAAAUGAUGUAAAUGUAAAAUGAAGGCCUGAUUCACACAGUCUCCUCUGAACAGUUGAUGUUGAGAUGUCUGUUACUUGAACUGCAAUCUGAGGUGCAGUUAAUUGCCGAUUUCUGAGGCUGGUAACUAAUUAACUUAUCCUCUGCAGCAGAGGUAACUCUGGGUCUUCCUUUCCUGUGGCGGACCUCAUGAGAGCCAGUUUCAUCAUAGUGCUUGAUGGUUUUUGUGACUGCACUUAAUGAAACUUGUAAAGUUUUUUAAAUGUUCCGUAUUGACUGACCUUCAUGUCUUAAAUUAAUGAUGGACUGUCAUUUCUCUUUGCUUAUUUGAGCUGUUCUUGCCAUGAUAUGGACUUGGUCUUUUACCAAAUAGGGCUAUCUUCUGUAUACCACCCCUACCUUGUCACAACACAACUGAUUGGCUCAAACGCAUUAAGAAUGAAAGAAAUUCAACAAAUUAACUUUUAACAAGGCAUACCUGUUAAUUGAAAUGCAUUCCAGGUGACUACCUCAUGAAGCUGGUUGAGAGAAUGCCAAGAGGGUUCAAAGCUGUCAUCAAGGCAAAGGCUGGCUACUUUGAAGAAUCUAAAAUAUAUUUUGAUUUGUUUAACACUUUUAUAGUUACUACAUUAUUCCAUAUGUGUUAUUUCAUAGUGUUGAUGUCUUCACUAUUAUUCUAAAAUGUAGAAAAUAGUAAAAAUUAAGAAAAACCCUUGAAUGAGUAGGUGUCCAAACUUUUGACUGGUGCCGUAUGUUUAAGUUUAGUUUACCUGAGUCAUCUUCUCACCUCUUCUUUCCAUCCAUGUUAAAACACCCUCUUCACCCCAGGGCACACUGGUUCCUGGCGGUCAUCUGCUUCCCUGGCUUAGAGGACCUCCAGCAGGAGCCCCAGUCCCUUCAGCAGCAGGAACCGCUGUCUCCAGACUCCCCAUUCCCAGCCUGGUUGGAGGAAGGAGAGAGCGACCUGGACAAGUGCUUCCUGAUGGACUUCACCUCCCCCAACCCCAUGUCACUGUUUUUCAGCCCCCCCGGCAGCAGCACCAGGGGUCAGCCAGGCCCAGAAGCCUCAGACUGCGACCUCACCAUAGGGGUGAGGCUGCGCGUAUGCUCAAACGGUGGGGGAGGAGAGGAGCUGUGGUCGGGCAUGAAGGAGGUCUGUGUGAGCCCCACCACCACCGGGGUCCAUGGUCUGGGUCUGAUAAAGAAGCAGCAGCUCCUCUCAGGUGUGUCAGGAGGAGAAUACAGUCUAGUUGAUUGUUAACUCUGCAUUAUAAAUGGAAUUGGAUUUAGUGAUGACAGCUCAACUGUAGAAUUGGAAGCAUGUGUCCUAUGUUUUAGAUGAUUGCAACAGAUCUGAAAUAGAAAAGGACAUCUUUGCCUUUUCUCCUGUUCAGGAUUCAAAUCAGGUAAUGGAUCUAAAAAAAAAAAAUGUUUUGUGACAGCAUAUUCUAUGUUUUCUAUGUUAGUUCUUUUGACAGUAUACUACUAUCAGAGGGGGUGAUUAGAGAAGAAGAAUGUUACAUCUGAAUUCAUGACUCUAAAAAUCGUUUUCCCUAUCAAGGACCAGUGCAAUGAGAGUAAACAGCAGGACAGUGUUGAUGUCUCCUCCCAACCCACUACCAGUAAACAGUAAGUUCCAUGGGCUGGGGUUUUAACCUGCUCCUUUACCUUACAGCUGCCUUAUAGACUGUUGUAGUUCUCACACUAGUUAAACAUUAUUCCUGCAAGAAAGUGUUAUUCACUCAUGUCACUAGAUGGCACCAGGAUCAUUCUCUUGGUAAAUCUUAUCAGUUUGUGGUACAUACAAUGUCCUCAUGGUGAGCAAUACCUUGAAUUAUGAUCAUAUCCAAUCUUUUGUUUUUUCCUCAAAACAGACCUUGUAUCCUGAUCAUGGAUUCCCUAGGAGGCCAUGCGAGGUCAGGGGUCGUGAAGAUCCUGCAAGAGUAAGAUUUUAAACCGCUAUUUACUGUUUAUCCACCUAUCGGGUCAGCAACUCCUUUGCUACUGUAGUACGGACUGAGUUUGGACGUGUGUGAAUGCAGAUACUUAGAGGUUGAGUGGGAGGUGAGGAAACGCAGUCUGAGGAGUUUCUCUAAAGAUGUGAUGAGGGGCUCAAACCCCCAGGUCCCUCAGCAGGACAACUACAGCGACUGUGGCGUUUACCUGCUUCAAUAUGUGGAGAGCUUCUUCCAGGUGAGGACAUGCAUUGUUGACUUCAGUACAUCAAAAAGAAAUUGGUUACUAUAGGAUGAAUCGGGUCAGUGUAUUUGUUUCUGACCACGUGAUAUGAUCAGGACAGAAAUACUGGUUAGAAAAAUCUCCUGGCCCCACUAAUGAGACUUCUACCAUGCAAAUAAGUCUUUUUUUUUGUUGAAUUUAGAAUCCCCCACAAGAUUUUGAGUCGCCCAUGGACCUAAAGGAAUGGUUUCCACUGAUGCAGGUGAAGCGCAAGCGAGCAGAUAUCAGGAAGCUCGUCCUCAAAAUUCAACAGCAACAAGAGGACACAAAUGACUCAUAA